ACGCAACGGUGGGCGGGGCGUCUCGGGGACACGGCUUGACAUUCGGAUAAGUGUGAAGACGGCCGGGGACAGCGGGUCAUGUGGCGCUGGCCGGACGGCAUCGCUCGGACAGGUGGACGGGACAGCCGCUGACAACGAGCCCACCGGCCGACUUGGUGAAGCGCACGCCGGGGCAUGUAAGCAAAUGCUGCCUGCGCGUUUAAGAGUCCCGCACAUGAUGUACACGAUCACCAAGGGUCCCAGUAAACUUGUCACACAGAGGAGGACAGGUCCCACGCAGCAGCAGAUCGACACGAAAGUCGGCGAGCAGAAGCCGAAGCCGGCGGCGUGGUCGCCCUCCAACCCCACACCAAAGCUCGUCUUUAACCGGUUAAAUGGUAAACGCUUCCGGACAGCACCCAUCCAGGCGGAUUCUCCGCAAGAGGAUUACAGCGCAGCACACGAGGAGAAUGUCCGGUUCAUAUAUGAAGCCUGGCAGGAGGUGGAGCAGCAGCUGAAGGAGCCCCCCAGGCCUGAGAACGGAGAUGGCCCAGUGCAGUAUUCCGAGAAGUGUCCCAAUCCUGUAUUGAAGAACUUUGUCCCCAUCGACCUGGAGGAGUUCUGGGCACAGAGGGUCCUGGCCAUAUUGUGACCUCCGUGAGGCGGACUGCUGCGCUUUUCUUCGAGAGGAAUUUGGGCCGACGCCUCCCGGACGGGCAUCCUGCCACUGACUGCCGAGCUCUGCCAGUUUUUGGCUUCUUGUUGACCUUCACGUUGACGGUGGAAGUGGCCAAACUGCAGUAGUGAUGAUCUCUUUUAUACGACGAGAAGACCUUCUGGGCUGACAUCUUCUGAAAAUCUGAGCUAAACCUGCCAAAGCCGGGCACCUGUGAAGGGGGCAGAGGAUGAGGAGGUGCCACCUGUCACAGUUGGGCCCAAAGCUGCUAUGCUAGUGGGUGGCAAUUUAACCUGCUGCCCCUCUUAGAAAAGCUGCCAUUGUGCCACAUUAUGGGAUGCGCAAAAAAAACUGAUUGAAAAGGCGAGCAGCCAACUGGGCGUCGGGCGCGUCUCCAGUUUAGGUUCCGGGUGAUGAUGGCAUAGCCCCGGCCUUCCCUCCAGACAGAUGGGCACCUGUGACAUUAAAGCUCAACCAGCUCUGGGAGCCCUCGCCAAUCUUGUUCCAGUACAGGCCCAAAUAAGCUGAGGGGCAGGUGCCAAGCGGGCAUCACGGAAGACUCAAGUGCCUUUAUCACAAAAAAGGCAGAUUCUGCCAGUCCUUGCUAGGAUUGUCCCGUGCUCAUCAUUAAAGCUUCCUGAAAAUGUCAAAGCCAUGCGUCCUGCACAGGGGGGGGCAGCUGGGCUUGGGUGGUGCGGUGCCAGCCCUUCAGGGGAUGUCAGCCGAGAACGACGAGCACAUUUUUGUACCAAGUUGGUUUGUAGAUUUUUUGCAGAAAUGAAUUUUUCAAUCGU